UGGGGAAGCAAUGGUGCCAGAUCCUGAUUAUUCGUUUCUGAUUUCAUAUCUCUUGCGUUUCCUCGAUCCCUUCUAACCUAGAACCCAAACCCCCAUUGUCACUUCCUCCCUCCCUCCCUCCUUCCUUCUCUCUCGUCAUCUACUCAAGACAUCUUCCCCCCCAUUCCCCUACCUCGUUCUGUUUUGACGUUAUCACCGCUGGGAUCGAAUCGUUUUGGGCUUGGACCCAUGAUCAUCGUCGGCUGCGAGUAUCUAUAAAGUCAACUACUACCCGUGGACCACCCCCGGACGGAGUCGAUCUCCGCAAUCCCGAUCUGCUGGGCUCCUUUCCCGAUUCCCGCCAUGACCCCCCCAUGUGAGGACGGUGAUGGACGUGUGCCAUUGCACCCUUUCUCGACGACUCACGAGGCUCCACGCCAUACUCCCUUUUCCGAGAUUUCAGGCCAUGCGACCGACGAAGAAAUGGGGGAUGACGAUUCGGCUUAUGGGGAGGAUUCCCUGAUCGGGGACGACACCGUCACAUUGUCCACUUACAUCACCGACUACCGGUUCGAAUACGGUCGGCGCUAUCACUCCUUCCGCGACGGAGCAUACUGGGGCCCCAACGAUGACAUUGCGAACGAACAGCAAGACUUGGCCCAUCACAUGUACUUUUUGACAAUCGAUGGAAAGCUACACCUAGCUCCAAUCCACAAUCCGCAGGAGAUCCUUGACGUGGGAACAGGAACCGGCAUUUGGGCAAUAGACAUGGCCGAUGAGUACCCCAGUGCGAAAGUCACAGGGGUGGAUCUCUCUCCUAUCCAGCCGCUGUUUGUCCCCCCAAAUUGCGUGUUCGAAAUUGACGACGUAACUCUUCCAUGGACGUAUAACUCGAAUCAAUUCGAUUUUAUUCACGUACGCGAGUUGUUCGGAUGUAUUCCUGACUGGGACGAAUUUUUCCAGCAAUGCUGGCGUUGCUUAAAACCCGGCGGGUAUAUUGAAGUCGUCGAGCACUCGGUCGAGCCGAUCGCAGACGACGGUAGCGUGCCAGACAACCACUUCUACCGCGAAUGGGGUCAGACAGUACUUAAUUCCGGAAACUUAUCGGGAAAGACAUUCAAUAUAUGGGCCGAAAGUGCGACGCGACUGCGGCAGGCAGGCUUUAUCGGCGUGGUAGAAAGACGCUUUCAAUGGCCCAUGAAUGCAUGGAGCUCAGAUGCCAAGUUACACGAACUGGGCCGCUGGAAUCAACUCCGCCUUCAUGGUGGGGUCGAAGGAUUCAUGCUCCGGCUCCUUACAACAACUCUUGAAUGGUCAUAUGAGCGAGCGCAAGUAUUUCUUGCACAAAUGCGCCAAUCCCUACGCGACUUCGAAACGCAUGCCUACCUCCCGGUGUCUGUUGUGUACGCUCGAAAACCCGAGUCCGCGACCAGCCCUGCUCCCUAGCGAUUUGCUUUGGUUACCUGCAUGCCUUGCGUCGCACCAUGCCUCAGAGCUUUGUUGCCUUUUUCUUCUUCUCUCUUGGCGUUUCAUCCUUUCAAAGUGCAAGCGUUAUACCCAAGUCCUAUUCAUUAGAGCAAGUGAUUAGAG